AUGUCCAUCCUCGCCCGCUCCACCCUCGCCGCCGCCAGGACCGUCAGGGCCGCCCCCCGCCAGGUCCGCGCCGCCCACUUUGAGAACGUCGUUGACCACACCCUCCCCACCAGCGUCAACAAGUACUCGCUCGCCGCCAAGAUGGUCGUUUUCACCAUUGCCGGUUUCGGUACUCCCUUCCUCGGUGCUUGGUGGCAACUCGUCGGAAAGAAGUAA